AUGGGCUCCACCAAUAGUGUCAAUGUCACUAUAAAUCUUGAUCGAACGAAUCCAUUUUAUUUCGCGGGUGAAUCAGUAUCGGGAACAGUCAUUGCAGAUAUCAAGGAAGGACACGUGAAAGUCGACGAAGUAUUUCUUGUGUUGAAAGGCAAAACAGGUUAUACAACGGACCCUUCUGAUUUUGGACCAUAUGGCUCAAGAAAUACGGAUGGUUUUUUUCAUAAAAUAACUUUUUUUUCAGAAAAAACAGUUUUGGAAAAUCCAGGACCAGAAAAAAAAGAAUUGGUUUAUCAUUCUGGGGAGCAUUCAUGGCAAUUCAACAUUCAAUUGCCACGGCAGCUUCCACCUACGAUCAACGAACCACUUGAGUAUCCGCACGUUCGAUAUUAUUUGAAAUUGGUUGUCGAUAAACCUUGGUACAAACGAAAUACAAAUGAAACUCUCAAUUUGAUAGUGUUGCCAUGUGUCAAUCUAUUAAAUAAUCCACAGUGUUUGAUAUCAUCUAUAUUUGGUGGUCAUAAUCGAAAAGAUGUUACUUUGAAAGGCAAUAUAAAUAAACUAGGUUAUGUGCAUGGUGAAAUGAUUACAGGAACCUUAGAAAUUGAAAAUCCGCAAAAAUUUUUAUUGAAAGAAAUUUGUUUAUCUUUGGUUCAACAUUAUCGAAUUGAGCUUAAUACAGGAAAAGAAACAAUCGUUCAUACAAUCCUACCGACAACUGUUAAUACAGAAGAGAAGCGUAUAAUAGAAAACUUUUCUCUCGCUAUACCUUUUACACAUUUGGCUCCAUCGUAUCAGUUUCAUGGCGGUUUUCCUUAUACGACUAACGUACAUAUAAAUUAUAUUCUAGAAUUCGAAGUGAAAGCCCAGGACAUGUCGACAAUUGUUGAUGUCAGUAUACCGGUUAUAUUAGCAACUGACUCCGAUACAAACGCAAAACAGCAUCAGCUAAAUCACGCAGCCAACGUAUUACCGAAUUCUCUUUCUUACUACCCAGAAACAAUCACGUGUGCCGAACAUCCUUCACCAACCUCUUAUUCUGUUUCAUAA